AAGAACUUAAGGGACACACUAAAAAAGGAUGAAAAAAGUUAAAGAAUAAAAGAAUUAAAAUGAAGAUUAUUUUGUUUUUUUAAUCUUAUUCUUUUCUAAAAGUAAGAUUCAAAUAAAUUUAAUAUUUUUUAAUUCGUUUUUAUUAUCUUUUAAAAAAUAUUUUAUGUUUUUAGCCCUAAAAAAAGAGUAAUUAGUUAAAAAUGGACGAAAAAUAUUAUCAAAUCCAUCCAAUAGUUUCAGAUGCUAUUGUUCAUAAUUUUAAAAUUAUUUCACAUAUUCGAAGUGUAACAUCUAUUUUUUUUUGGUCUUGUUGCAGGUAUUUUAAAUUUAACAUCAUAUUAUGGACUUUUGUUUUAUAUUUUUGGAACAUUCUUUGUAAGCCUUUUAAUUUUUUUUAUAUUAACAAAACGGCAUCCAUCUUUUUAUUUUCUUUAUCAUAGAGAAAUAUGGACAAAAGAUGUCUUUUCUGGACUGCUAAGUUUUAUGUUGAGUUGUACUCUUUCAUAUAGUCUAGUAUAUG